ACGGGCAGGCCUCCUGGACGGUUACCCUUCGGAGGAACAAAGAACCAGAAAAAAAAAAGCAACGAGAACGUGAAGAAGAGAAACGAGAGCGUGGAUCCGCCCUGCUCGCCGCCCCCUCUUAUCUCCCAGAUACCCCAUAACGAAGUCACUGAGCAGCCAGGAUGGAUUACGAGGCGUUGAAGGAGCAGUGGAGCGAUUUCGAGGAUCGUGAUGGCGUCCGCCUUAGCUGGAACACAUUCCCCAGCUCUCGCAUGGAAGCUUCACGGCUCGUCGUGCCCAUUGCAGCCAUCUAUACUCCUCUCAAGGAGAAACCCGAUACCCCAUUGCUCGGCUAUGAGCCUGUGACCUGUAAGGCACCGUGCCGGGCAGUCCUCAAUCCUUACGCCAAUGUCGACAUUCGCGCCCGCAUCUGGAUUUGUCCCUUCUGUCUGAUGCGCAACCCUCUCCCCCCUCACUACAAAGACAUCACCGAGCAGUCGUUUCCCCAAGAGCUCCACCCCUCGAGCACGACGAUUGAGUACAAGCUGGCCCGACCCGCCCCGGCCCCUCCGAUCUUUGUGUUUGUCGUGGAUACCUGUCAGGAUGAGGACAGCCUCAAGGCGUUGAAGGAAACGUUGAUCAUGAGCUUGUCUCUGCUGCCGCCACAUGCCCUGGUUGGGUUGAUUACGUUCGGAACUAUGGCCCAAGUCCAUGAACUCGGUUACGCCGAGUGCGCCAAAUCCUACGUUUUCCGAGGUAGCAAAGAUUACACCGCGAAGCAAGUUCAGGAGAUGCUGGGUCUGUUAGCUUCCGGACUGCGACCCAACUUCCCGCAGCAGCCUGCUCGCCCACCUCUGGGCCCCGCGGCCAGAUUCCUCCUGCCUGUUGCCCAGGCGGAAUUCCAGAUCACCAACGUCCUUGAACAACUGCAGCGCGAUCCUUGGCCUGUAGCUAACGACAAGCGUCCCCUCCGGUGCACCGGAGUCGCUUUGAGCGUGGCUGUCGGCUUGAUGGAGUCCUCAUUCCAGAACGCUGGUGGCCGCAUCAUGCUCUUCACCAGUGGUCCGGCUACUGAGGGUCCUGGACAUGUGGUCAGUCCCGAGCUGAAGGAGCCCAUGCGCUCUCAUCACGACAUUGAUCGGGACAACAUCAAGUACUACAAGAAAGCACUUAAAUUCUACGACACUCUGGCAAAGCGCGCGGCAAAUAACGGCCAUGUUGUGGACCUGUUCGCGGGUUGUCUCGACCAGGUCGGCAUGCUCGAAAUGAAGAACCUGGCCAACUUCACGGGCGGUCACACGCUGCUGACAGAUAGCUUCACUUCUUCCCAGUUCAAGCAAUCAUUCAUUCGAGUGUUUGAUAAGGAUGCCAAUGACAAUCUUCUGAUGGGUUUCAACGCUUCUCUCGAGGUGUUGACCACCAAGGAGUUGAAGGUUACCGGUCUUAUUGGCCAUGCGAUAUCCAUGAACAAGAAGUCCAGCUCUGUUGGGGAGACUGAAUGCGGCAUUGGCAACACGUGUGCCUGGAAGAUGUGUGGCAUCACCCCCUCUUCGAGUUAUGGUAUCUACUUUGAGAUCGCCAACCAAGGUGGUCCGGCAGCUGUGCAGCAGGGUCCUCAACGGGGCAUGAUGCAGUUCCUUACUUACUACCAGAACUCCUCUGGCCACUAUCAUCUCCGCGUCACCACCAUUUCCAGGAACCUGAGUGGACCGGCUGGCGAUCCCGCGCUCGCUCAGUCAUUCGACCAGGAAGCGGCCGCGGUCCUUAUGGCCCGUAUUGCCGUGUUCAAGGCCGAAGUGGACGACGGGCCAGACGUGCUGCGGUGGGUUGACCGGAUGCUCAUCCGACUCUGCUCGCGGUUCGCCGACUACCGCAAGGACGACCCGACAUCGUUCCGCCUGGAGAAGAACUUCACCCUGUAUCCCCAGUUCAUGUUCCACCUGCGCCGCAGUCAGUUCCUGCAGUUCUUCAACAACUCGCCUGACGAGACCGCCUUCUACCGUCAUGUGCUCAACUAUGAGGAUGUUUCCGGUUCCCUGGUGAUGAUCCAGCCAGCACUGGACUCAUACUCCCUGGAACACGAGGGCGGCCAGCCAGUGCUCUUGGAUUCCGCCUCCAUCCAGCCUGCGCAUAUCCUUCUUCUCGAUACCUUCUUCCACAUUCUAAUCUUCCAUGGCGAGACCAUUGCGGAAUGGAGAAAGGCCGGGUAUCAAGACCAGGAAGGCUACGAAAAUCUCAAGGCUCUCCUGGAACAGCCCAAGGAGGAUGCUAGAGAACUUAUUGCGGAUCGAUUCCCAUUGCCUCGCUUUAUUGUUUGCGACGCUGGGGGCUCACAGGCGCGAUUCCUACUGUCGAAACUGAAUCCUUCCACCACCCACGUCUCGGGCGGCUAUGGCGGCGGCGUAACCUCGCAAACGAUUUUCACCGACGACGUGUCUCUGCAGACCUUUAUGGAUCAUUUGAUGAAGCUUGCCGUGUCCGGAACCAACUAGAGAUGGUAGACUCGGGUGGGUUGUAGCUUUAGCGAUGAUUGAACUAUUCCUUUGAAUUAUGCAAUAUAGUAAAUUACA